CGCUCUGCCCUGAGAGAACACUCCCACUCACACGCUCACAAGACGCACAAACUCCCUCUCUCUCAGAGAAGUCGGAAGUCGCACUGUUGCUGAACUGAAGCUGUAAAUUCAUUCAAAGUGUUUACGCGCAUCAGGAGAUUGAAAACAGAAGAAGCAGUUGUACAAAGAUGAAUGAAACUACAGGGAAUACCAAUAAAUCCACUUUCCUGGACUCUCAGUUUCGUUAUGUGUUCAUCCCGGUUUUCUACAUCAUCUUCUUCAUCCUGGGCUUCAUCUCUAACCUCUACGUGCUGUUUGUCCUGCGCUGCCUUCGCCAAGCCAAGGCCAUGGGAGAAAUCCGCAUCUACAUGACCAACUUGACCAUGGCUGAUCUUCUGUUUGUGUGUGCUCUUCCCUUUUGGAUUGACUAUUAUAUGCGUGAGGGAGACUGGGUUUAUGGAGAUUUCAUGUGCCGGGUGACAGGCACCUUCUUUUUCAUCAACACCUACGGCACCAUCCUCUUCCUUGCAGCCAUCAGCAUCAACAGAUACUGGGCGGUGACUCGGCCUCUGGACGCAGCCUCGUCGGACCACAGAAUUCGUGGAAUCAUCGUCUGUGUUUUUAUCUGGGUGUUUGUUCUGGCGAUGUCUGUUCCUUAUCUGGUGAGUCCAGGGAUCAACGUGCACCAUAAAAACAACACUGCCAUACGUCGCUGUUUUGAGGGAUACCAGAAUGAAACUAGUCACGAGAAGAAAAAAGUGGCUGUCACUCAUUUUUUAAUAAUUGGAUUGUUCUUUGUUAUCUUUUUGCUCGUUGUGAUAUGCAAUUUCCUUAUUGCUCGAGUCUUAAUUUCUCAAAAGCCUCCUGAAUCAGAAAUUCGGUCCUCAGCAGCUCUUUCUAAAAAGUCCACUGCAUCCUCGACUUUAAAAAGACCCAGAGGGGUGAAACGGAGGGCUCUCCAGAUGUUGUGGGCAGUGGUGGGAGUGUUUGUUCUGUGUUUCCUGCCACACCACAUAGUUCAAGGCCCCUGGGCUCUGGCAGUGCUGGAGAUCGAAGUCGGCUUUGGCCACGUGAAUUACAGCGAGGACACUCGUCAGUUGCUGAAUGACGUUCAUCAGAUCACCCUGGUUCUUAUGGGCCUCAACUGCAUUUUAGAUCCUGUAGUUUAUUAUUUUGCCACAGGGAAGUUUAGAAGGUUCAUCACAGCCCACAUUAAAAAAUUAGCAAAGGGAGAGGGAUGCUCUCAACUGGCCACCACACAGAUUUCCAUGGACAGCAGGAUUCCAAGUCAGAGACUCCCGAGCGAGCACUAGCUGACCAGAGAUGAGUGAUUCAAACAAGUUCAGUACAUGUAUAAUCUGACUAUCAAACUCGUGUGACUCUCUCACGCUGAUGGCGAAGAUUACAUUCAACAAGGCGUUGAGGCACGCACAUCUGGGACAUUAAACUGUUUAACUUCAUGUGAUCUCGAGCACGUCGCCUUCUGAGUUGCCCCAGAAUUUCUGCACUUCCUGUGUGAAGAAUAAACUGAAAAGCAGAAGUUUUGCAAGCAGCCAAAACUUUAUGUGUCUUUACAGAACGAUAGCAUCACUCGAUGACGACACAAGACAUCUUCUCACACAAAUCCUGCCGCGUUGUUUGACACAACAUUAGGACACAAAAGCAGGAGAAAAUUACAGGGUAACGUACAUGUGUCGGUACACCUCAUAUUAUGUCAGCAACGUAUGUUGUAAUUGCACUGUCUGUCCUCUCUGACAACAACUUUAAUUAUUUUUUGUCACACAAGUUAAAUCAGGCAUUGUGACACCAAGGAACAAACACAAUAAUGCCUGGGGUACGUUGCCUCUCUGGUGUUCAGUGUUGGGACAUUUCAUUUAUAUCUUGUAGUAGAAAUCUGAUAAUUCACUGAAACAAACAGAACUAGUGUAAGUAUGUGUAUUUAUUGUAUAUCUGUGGAAAUGAAUUGUGU